UUGGAAUCGAACAAUGCUUGUAAAAUUAGGAGUGAUUUAAAUAUCAAAUCCAAUAAUAAUUGCCGAAACAGAUUUCACUUGGACAGCAAGAAACAGAAUUUUGAAUUCCUCGCGUUGCCAUCUGUGUUUUCUUCACGAAUCUCAUUAUCGGUCUCUGUGAAGAACGCAGAUUUCCUUCUGAAAACCGUUGAAUUUGAAAUCUAGGGCUCGGGAAGAAGGAAAAAAAAAACCCUAGAAUGGAUAGAUAAGGUAAUUAAUUAUAUUUAUUAUAAAUAGGGAGUGAAUGGAUCCCGAGGAGACCUUCAUUCGGGUUCAAGAACGGUUCUCGAAGAUGCUCACUCCGAGAAUCAGAGUUGCUCUUGAGUAUAUCUAUCUCUUCAUGGCAAUCGCUCUGUUCUGUUUGUUGGUCGUUAUGCACGCAAAUUAUGUCCAACAGCCGGGCUGUUCAAGUGAGCUUUCUGGAGUUGAAACAGCAGAAGCCCAACUUGUGCAAAUUAAGAUAACCAGUAGUGGGCUGUGGUCACGAAAUGCAGCUGGAUCUAAUUUGAUUGAUAUUUCUGAACAAGAAACUUCAACUGAGAAUUUAGAGGUCCCAAAAGUUGAUGGUGACGGGCUGACAUUUUUGGCUGCCAAAGAUUGGUUAAAUUGGAUAGGUGCAGGUGCUAGGAGGAGCAAAUUGCUCUUCAAAUCAUGGAAGAAUGAUAAUGAGUUGAUUGAGCCUCUAGGAGAAAGCUCAACUGAUAUUACUGGCUCUAAGCCAGUUGUUGAUGAAGUAGAAAAUCAUGUUGGUUUUCCUACAUCUGCAAGAGAAACAUUGAAAGCGUCAUUUAUUCACUUCUGCAGCAAGUGGCUAAAUAGUGUCUCUUUCGUCUGGGGACAUGUAAAACAAUUGUUGUGGAGUUUUUGCCACUUAUGGGUACAGAAUACUGCAGGUAUGGAUUUACUAUUUAAUAAUCCCAAAUGGUCGCAGCUUCUGCACCUGGAAAGGCUUAACUCAUUUGCAGGUAAGGCUACCUUUUAUUACUUGGCCUUGGAUAAUGGUUUUAUGGUUCCCUUACGUACAGAUAAUGCAAAUUAUUUCCUUCUGUGGAAAUUUCUCUCAUUUAUGGGUAAAGAUUACUUUCUGAAAAAAUGUGGCGUGCUUAUGAUGGCCCUGUUUGUUUUCUUCACAACAACCAUGUCGGUUUCCUUUACUCUUAGGGAGACACAGACACGCAUGCUUAAAUUCACAGUGCAGCUUCAACACCAUGCUCGGCAUCAGCUUCCAACUUUUCAGUUGAUCUUUGUGCAUGUCAUUGAGUCACUAGUCUUUGUACCGAUAAUGAUCGGCAUACUGUUUUUCCUGUUCGAGUUUUAUGAUGAUCAGCUGCUUGCCUUCAUGGUCUUAAUUAUUGUAUGGCUCUGUGAACUGUUCACUUUGAUCAGUGUCCGGACACCAAUAUCAAUGAAGUUCUUCCCUCGCUUCUUGCUCUAUUUUCUGGUGUUCCACAUCUAUUUCUUUUCGUAUGCUUAUGGUUUUUCCUAUUUAGCUUUCUCUGCAACAGCAGCAUUCAUGCAACACCUCAUCCUAUACUUCUGGAACCGCUUUGAGGUACCAGCUCUACAAAUAUUUUUGCAGAAUCGCCGAUCUCAGCUUCAGCAGCCUCCAGAUUUCCAUAUCACCUCUUCUACGAUCCUAGCCUCAACAUUGCAUAUCACAAGAUUAAACACAAGGAACACAGGUGCAGUUCAUGGGGAUCCUAGUUCAUUACCUGCACAUAGACCUGGGCUGGAUGAAGCUAGGCUGCCAAAUGAUGCAACUGAACCAACUGAUAUUAACGACCUAGAUAGUGUUGGCAGUCCCUUACAAUUUCCUGAACAACCAGAUCCUCAACAAGCAGAAGCAAACACCAACCCCGGCUCACUUAAUUCGUUCAGUUCAAUGCUGCUGUGGAUCUUAGGUGGGGCAUCUUCUGAAGGCCUAAAUUCCUUUUUUUCCAUGUUCAGAGAUGUGAGAGACCAGGGCCAGGUUUUUGCAGAAUCUCCACGGCAGGAAAACCGAACAGGCCAGAGUAGAUGGAGGAGAUCAUAGGAGUUUAGGUUGUUCCAGGGGUGGUGAUUGUCUAGCCUGGUUCCUUGUGCCUGGUAACAUUUGGGCUCAGUUGGUACAUUAAGGGGCGUUUGGUUCGAAUUAUCCAUCGGAUCAGAUCCCAUGGAAUAUGGAUUCUGGAUCUAACUCAAAUGAAUGAGUUUCUUUGGAAUCAUUUCAACUCGUUAAA